AUGUUCACGCGGGCUUCCUCCGCCACUCUGCGCUUGAGCUCCUGGCUUGGCCGCAGCGAUAGACCACACAAACUGGGUCCUCGCCGUCUAUUGCCGGCGCUCCUGCUCGGCAUUGGAGGCUUCAUUCUAUUCUACCUUGUCGUCCUGCCGCAGAUUCUUAGGUUUCGAUUUCGGUUUGGCAUGAGCAGGUAUGAUUUGGGAUUUUCGGGAUUUGGACCUUCACGAACAUACCACUCUUUCGAAGAGGAAGCGCCCAUCGUUGAGAUUUCGCCGGCCGGCGCACAAUGCGACCAACGAUAUACCUUCCUCGCCCCACGGGGCGACUCCGUUCGGCAUCCGGGGCCAAUGAUUCUCGACGCUCAGGGCGAGCUUGUUUACAAAAAAUACAACUGGGGGACAACCCAGGAUUUCAAAGUACAACACUUCAAGGGCGAGGAUUACGUCACAUAUUGGCAGGGAGAUGAAGAAGAUGGACAUGGUCGUGGAUCAUGGUAUAUGCUUGAUUCAACCUAUACCGCUAAAUACAUCAUAUCCCCCGUUGGCAUUCUUCAGGGGGAUCUCCACGAUUUCCAAAUCACGGUCAACGAUACGGCCCUCCUCACAAUCUACGAACCCAUUCCGGCCGAUUUGACAUCCAUCGGUGGUCCCGAACUCGGAUGGCUUUACGAAGGUGUCGUGCAGGAGAUUGACAUCGCGACUGGUGAACUUUUGUUCGAAUGGAGAUCGUCGCAUACCUACCCUCCGGAAACCAGUUAUGAACCACUGGGCGACAGGGGACACGAGCGCACCCUGGGUUACGAUUACUUCCAUAUGAACAGCGUGGACAAAAACGAUGACGGUCACUACCUCGUCUCUGCGCGACACACCCAUACGGUUACUUGCAUCGACUCGAACGGCAAGGUACUAUGGACCCUAGGCGGAAAAUACAACGAAUUCGAUGGAUCCGAUGGCGCAACCGACUUUAAGUGGCAACACGACGCUCGCUGGCGGGGACCCAACCGAAUCACGCUUAUGGAUAAUGCGGCGAUGGACUUCGAAGAUCCGUCUGCGGUUAGUAAAGGUCUCCUGCUUGAAUUGGAUAUCAAGGCACGCAAAGCCAAGGUGGUCACCGUAUAUGACCACCCGCAACACAUGAUGGCCGUUUCACAGGGUAACGUGCAGGUGCUCGAUACCGGGAAUGUGCUUGUUGGCUGGGGCCACAGCGCCGCGUUUACGGAAUUCUCGGCCGAUGGCGAAGUCGUUUGCAACACGCACUUUGGCGCCUCGGCCUAUUUUAGUUUCGGUCGAACAAUGUCAUACCGGGUCUUCAAGGACAAGUGGGUCGGUCUGCCAGACACGAUCCCGGAUGCUGCGAUAGUCGGAGACAGCGUCUUUGUUAGUUGGAACGGAGCUACUGAAGUUGCUUCGUGGGCCCUCGAAGCCUGGGACGGGGACAGCAUUGCGAACAUGACAUUUGUCUCUAUUGAUGAGGUCCCACGAUCUGGCUUUGAGACCAAAAUACCAUUUUCCGCUGCCGUCACCUCUUACUUCCGUGUUGCCGCUAUAAAUGCAAACGGUGAGGUCAUCGGGAGAACAGAGGUCGCUUCACGGGGCUCGGCGCCUCAAGCAAGCUUCUCCUCGGAUUAUCCGUGGGGUAUUACAUUCAUUAUGAUUUUUUCUUUGGGCUGCCUUUUAUGUGGAUUAUACUGCGCUGUGUUUCGUCGUCUACGGCGCCACAAACCGGAUAUGGGAUUAUAUCAGCUCGUCAUGCCCAAAGAUGGCGACGACAGUGAUAAUGAACAUGACCUCCCGAUCUAG